AUGGCGUCUUUAGUUUUCAUGCUCCGAUGCCUUUGCCUCUCGUAUCUCACGAACCUUGUUUGCUCAGUGGACUGCUCUGCCCAGCCUCCAGUGCAAAGAGCCUCGAAGGGGCGUCCUGUGAAGCUCACAGGGCUUUCCAUCAGUCAUGAGAUCUCUGAAGAGGAGCUGGACCUCAGCAUCCAGGCCAGCUCCGGUUCUGUGAGACUUCUACUACUUGAUGGCCUGCAGCUCUUAGAGGGAGGAGGCUCCCAUUCUGUGGCCGUUCGUGCGACCUUACCAUUGCUGCAGGCUGCAUUGGAACAGGUACAAUACACAAGUUGUACUGAUUGCUCUGCAGUGCUGGAUUCCAUACAAUUGACUUGUGCCAGCCCCAACAACAUGCAGUCAGAAGCCAUAGUGCAAAUGGAGAUUGACUCGGUGCUGCCAUAUCUCCGUGCUGCAUCACUGUAUCGCGAAAUCAAGAACUAUACUGCGCAUGUAUUUCGGGACGUUUCGCUGGAGUAUGCCAUGUAUUCGGGAAUACUGCAGCUCAAUAUCACUUCCAGCAGUGGCACUGUGGCUGUUGAGCAUGACUGGGAUGCACCUGGUGCCAUUCUUAAAGGAACCGCAGCUGAAGUAGCUUGGAUUUUGAAGAGUAGCGGCGUUACCUUCAAGCCGAAUCGGAGCCAGACCUUCGACCACCUGGUCAACCUCCAGCUUUGCCUCACCGACGAGACGGGUGCUCCAGUCUCCGAAUGCAUCACUUUGUCUCUCAAGGUUCUAGGUCUGGAAGUGGCAGCAGUGGUGGAUGAAGAGCUGAAGGUGGGAGGUGAGCCUGACACUGCUGUGGCCUCUGCUGUGGCCUCCGUGGCCUCUGUGGAAUCCCAUAUUCUUCAUGUUUGGAUGCCUGCAGCAGAUGAGAUGCCACACCUGGAGCCAUGUGAGUCCACUGGCGUUGACGAAGUCUGGUUUAGGAUUCAGGAGGAUGUUUGGGAAGCUCCUAUUUGUAUUGACCUGAGAGGCGACGCUGAUGAAAGCGCCACCUAUGUGGAUCUGCAGGUUUCUGUAUCGACUGGUAUGGUCCAUUGUGAUGCUUUUGCAGGACGGAGGGCAGGAAUCUUCACCACAAGAUGUGCAGGUACUUCGAGCGAUCCCUCCUUUCCCAGUUUGGCCUCUUGCGAAGUUGGUGCCGAAGUGGCUCUGAGGCCAACUCGAGGUGAAGUGCGAGAAUGCCUUCGCCACUUGGUCUUCACGCCCCCCUCUAACUUUGAUGGAGAGGUAUUGAUGAGAAUCACUGUGGCAUUUGUAGAUGUCUUUGGGGCUGAGCCACGCAAGAUCAUUCAGGAGUCGAAGAUCCAAGUCGAGGCGGUGAAUGACAUGCCAUGGCUCUACUGGGUAACCUUGCCUCCACAGGAGAUGCUGAACAAUGAGUCGUUCCCGUUCCGCGGCAUUCGGGUCUAUGAUCCGGACGUUGUGGGAUGGCGUGCAGAACGUGCUGAGAGCUUCACCCUCACUUUCCAGACGCUGGUUGGGGAGAUCUUGUUUCCCUUGGGCGAACCCCUUUGGCAAGAGCAAGUUCCUGCGCCUCCAUAUCCGAGCCGCUACCUUCGUCUUCAGGGCACGUUGCAGCAAAUUCAAGAGUCCUUCAACAGAGUGCUCUACAAGCCACCAGGGUGGUUUGCGGGGGAAGAUGAGGUGUUUGUGCGUGUCUCUGAUGGUGGCUUGGAGGGUGGCAGAAACCUCACGGGUGAGCUCGCCUUUCGUGUGACGGUCUUGCAGGCUCGACUUCCGGUUGGUCUCAUUGUGAAGACGGCAGCGCUGAAGAGCAAGGAGGAUGAGGCCUUUUGGUUUGGCCAAGCUGGGGGAAUUCACAUCGAUUUCCCUGCACCAGAGCCCAAGCUCUAUCUGAAGAUCUCAUCCACCGAUGGUGCCCUGCUGUUGGAUGAGAUGGUCCACUUGUCCUUUGGUUCGGUCCUUUCCUCCUCCACAACACGCCUGGAAGUGAUUGGGUCUAUGGCCGUGCUGGACACUCUGUUGCAGGAGGUGCGCUGGAAACACCCAAACCGAGACUGGGUGAGUCCUCCAGCACAACCGGCCAAGAUCGAGCUGCAGGCGUGCCAAUGGGAUUUGGAUCUGAAAGUUACCAUGGCAGACACCUGCUCCACAAGGGCUUUGACAGUGGAGGUAGAGCCGGUGGACGACACACCGGUGCUUUUCUCUUUGAAUCAUCCCUGGGCUUUACCUCUACAUGUCCAGCAGGACACCCCGAAGUCCUUGUGCUGCUUUAAGAUCCAUGACAUCGAUCUGCGCUCCACUGGGGCCGUGGGUGCCCCGUGGCCCUUUGCGAUGCGGAUCAUGGCGAAGUAUGGAAACAUCAGCAUGGCAGUCUCGGAGCAGGUGAUUCUCACCGAGGCGGAGCGGAACCUCAUUGGUUUGCAAGGCUCAGCUGCUGAUUUGGAAGAUGUCCUCAACACCUUGAGCUACACUCCUCCAGCGCAGAUGACUCACCGCCAUGGUUUGGACCACUUGUGUCUCUUUCUCCGAGACAUCUCAAGCUCCUUGAGGGUUGGCAACAUCCGCCGCUAUACUGGCUGUUGGGACAUCGACAUUGAGCCGGCUGCAGCACCCGUGCCACCGCCGCCAGCACAACCGCAGCCACGAAGUAGCCAGCGCGAGGUGCCCUGCGACUUCAAUAUCCAGAAUGACAGCGAAAAUGAAACAUGUGAAAGGCUGACAGACCUGCCUCGCAGACCACCUCCUGUGAUGUUCAACCGCGAAGAGAGGGAGGAGAACAUUAGCUGCAACGACAGUAUCAGUGGAAAUUGCAGUGGCGACGUAGAUGAUGCGCCUGAAAUUGAGCCUGCAGUUUUAGUGGAAGAGUUGCCAGAGAUCGAGCAGCUUCCGGAGUUUAAUCCCAUGAUCCCAGGCUUCUACAAUCAGACGACUGCCAUCCAGGAUUCUGCGAACUCCUCUUGGAGCAACUUAUCAAGCUCCAACUUCACCACAGAGGAUCCCAGAGACGUGGUCUACAGCACCCUAACGGUGGAGGCUGAGGCUCUGGAGGCUCCGAACGAGACGGUCGAAGCAGAGAAUGUGACAGCCAACAGUUUGCAGAUCUAUGCCCUCAGCAGCAGCGUGUCCAUCGCUCAAGGAUCAGACCUCUUGCUGAGCAAUCUCCUCCGGGUGGAGGAUCAGUCACCACUGCUGUGGGGGUCUGGUGUACUUGGCACACCCAACUACUUUGACCUCCAGCUUGAGUUGGCGGAUGGAUUGAGCUUUGUGAAGCCUUUGCCUGUGCAGUGCACAAAUGAGCGGGUCAUGAAUUGGACCAAUCCUUGGGAGGUUGCGAGGGCUCAAGGCACCAUCGGCGGCCUAUUCCAACAGACGAGGCUCAACUUGCACGCAUCAGUGGAGCUUCUACAGCAAUGCCUCCAAUCCCUCAGCGUGCACGUUCCUUGGAAUACUCCGGUGACUGCUGAUGCGCCCUCCACUGGGCCAAGCAUCAUGUCCACUGUUCCGGCCAAUGGCUCGGAGGAUGUGACCACCUCGAACUUCCAGGUAUUGUUGACCUUCAAUGACUGGGUUCAAGCUGGAGAAGGGAACUUCCAGAUCAUCGACUGUGGUGCGGAUAACAUUUGUGGACAGGGCGGCACCUUUGACGAUACCUCCGUGGACAUCAACGUCCAGGAUACGUUCUCUGUGACCUUCACCAAGAACUUGGUCUUGAUCACGUAUCCCCAUCGGCUUUCGGGCCUUCACCUCCAUCAGUUCUAUGUGCCUGAAGGUGUCAUCCGGGACGUUUCUGGGACAAACUUCUCAGGAAUUGCAGUGGAGAAUUUCACGAUCCGUACGGGUCUUACUGGCGCUAGCCCUCUCGGGUGGCGAGUGCUGUCUAGCAACAUCUCAGGAGCUGGCGCUGAUGGUUGGCACGUUUGUGAAGCUCAGUUCUACCUCUCCACAGACUGCAGCACGGAUUUGAUUGCUGGCACACCGGCUGGUAGUAGCGAGGUGAACGAGAGUACCUUUCAGCAGAACAGCAACUACGAGGCCAGCUUGGCCUUUGAUGGCCUCACGAGCACUUGCUGGUGGAGCAGCUCGACAGAUCCUGGGAGCUGGAUUGGUUUGCACGUGAAGACCGCCGCCCUGUAUGCGCGAUCUGUGCGGCUGGUGGGCUUGAGUGGAAAGGUUAACCCUGACACAAUCUACGUACAAUUCUACAAGGAAGGCCUGUGGUACACACUGCAGAGCUUCACGUACACGGAGGCCUGUGUUGAACUGACCUCGGACUUCUCCACGAUCUUCGGAAAUGAAUUCGACACGGUGGCCCCGACCAUUCUCAGCAGCAUUCCUGAUCUAUCUACAUCCCUGACAGUUAGUGACACGCAGCGUUUGGCCCUCUACUUUUCUGAGCCCAUCGUGAUCAUGUCUGGAAGUGAAGUCAAACUGGUGGAUGCUGGGGCUGAUGGUCUCUGCAGCACCUCUGAUGAUGUGAUCCUCUCCAUUCCGGCAGACCUGCCCACCGCAUAUGUGCGGAACGGGACUGACCCAUGGGUCUACGUCACUGGCAAUAUGAUUCUAGUGAGGUAUCCCUACCAAAACAUGGAGGCAGGAAACUAUCAUUGCCUGCAGGUGGAUCCUGCUGUCAUCCAAGACUUAGCUGGCACACCCUUUCCAGGGCUCUUGGAGAAUGACUUUCGCUUUCUCGUGGCUGCUACGCCCUUCUUGGAUGAGACAGCGCCGGUGUUCGUGGCCACGGAUCCGCCCACGGGUUCCACCAUGGAGGGGCUGCAGCUGAUUACAUUCAAGAUCUUCAUGAGUGAAGCCAUUGCUCCCUGCGACGAAACCUUGAUGGUGCAGACGGCGCAGACACCUGGAGCUCAUGAACUUUACUUGGUAUCGCUCUUGGCCAAUGGCACUGAAGACCCAUCAGGAGAUCGAUUGACAAUCAGCUUCACCCCCGACCCAAGCGUGUUGACACCACAUACCUUCAGCAUCAGUGAUUCAGUCAUCACUGUGAGCCUGAAUCGAAGCUUGCUGAUUGGACAUUCCUACUCGUUGCAGAUCCCAGAAAAUUCCCUGGUGGACCUUUCGACCACCACGGUCUUCGACAUCACCGGCGCCCCGGUGCAGAUCCCCCGGAACUUCGCAGGGCUCCCACUGGGCGAAGUGAUCUUCCAUGUGGUGGAACCGGUGCUGGAACGAAAUCCCUACAAGAAAUCAACAAUCCCCAUCUGGGCCGAAGCUGAAGUUGAGAUGCAGCGCCCCGAUGAAGAGCCGUUGAUCCCCUUCGUGGUGGAUCGCUGCUACAUUGAGCCCAACUGCUCGAAUGACAGCAAUGGCACCGUGGACUGCGGGAAUGGCACCAACGCUACGAUACUAGGUGUCUGUGGGAUGAUGCCACAGAGUGGCGAUGGCUAUUUGGCCGUGCGGGAGAAGGCACUGUGGCUGGAGCCCUACCAUUGGCUGGGUGUGACCACGGGGAAUGGAACAUCUUUCCGUGUGCAGCUGGACGUGUCUUCCGUGAACUCGCCUCCGCUCAUCAAAGCUCGAUCGCUAGCGUUGAAGGUCGAUGCGGGUCUGAUGACUCUCCUGGCGGCUGAUGAUGGCGGAGCUCCCCUGACCUUGGAGGACGAUGAUGUCGGGGAACUGUAUGUGGAGGUGAUCCUCGAACCUCAAGGAGCGCUAAGCAUACUUCCUUCAGCUUGGCGGGACUGGACUGGGCGUGUGAACGUCACCUUCGACUUCCCGCGCGUUCAACCGGACUACGGCUCGUUGGGCCAAGGGGAUUGGUCUCCCACCACGGUGGAGGGAAAGCCUGCAGGCAAGCUGUCAUUUCAUGGUGCCUUGGUGAAGAUGUCCGGCCGCGAAGGUGGUCUGCUCUCAGUGCAAGCAGCUUUGGCCAACCUCACCUACACAGCCCCUGGUGAUUUUGAAGGCUAUGGGCUCAUGAAGGUGGUGGUGCGAGAUGGGGUCUACAUGCGGGAGGACAUUGGAGAGUCGGGCGUGCGUUUGCCCAGCAGUGGUCUCCAAGUGCUCACCAGCGGCUAUGGCACAAGUGCAUUGGCCUUCGAGGAGCAUGAUUUGGACACCAUGGGAUGUGAUUGGAGUGUGCAAGAUGGUGACGGAGCCUUGACAGGUCAGGCCACAUACCACUUGUCGAUCUAUGUGAAGGACCGAGAUCCCUUGGCUUGCUCCUUCAUUGACUUCGAGGAUUGCACCUCCCGAGCCUCGGGCAGUGGCCAAUGCAUGGAUUCUGCAGAGCUCUCUGCCUCGAAGGUGGAGAGUUCCGUGUCGACGAAGAGGGGCUAUCGAGUGCUGCAUCUCUAUUCCCCGAGUCUCGAGGUCACGGUGGUAUCGCCUCUCUCGAUCUUCGUUGCCUUGCGGGGACCGUUGGAUGAGGAUGGCACCUUGGAGCUGGCUGAGCGACUCUACUUUGAGGGCAAUGCUCCAGGUCCCUUCUGGGUUACCCUCUCGGCUGAGUAUGGCAGUGUCACAGCAGAGGGAGAUGGAGUGUAUAGCAAUGGAACCAAGAACUACCUGCACUUCAAGGCCAGAAGUUUGGCCUCAGAGCAGCGAGUGGAUACGGUGGAAUGGCUCAUGGCUUUGAUGGAGAGCAAGGAGGAGAACGAGCUGCAUUUCAGGGUGAAGUUGCUGCCAGCGCAGCAUUUCUGGGGCACUGACUACCUCUACAUCGGUCUGCAAUCUUCACUCGAUCCGCCCAACGCAUCCAAUGUCGGUGGGCGCGAGCUGACCCUCGGUCUGAACUACUCCAUGCAGAUUGAGGUGGUGCCAAAGAGGGAUGAGCCGCAGAUUUAUAUGGCACAUGGCAGCACAGCGGUGGCGCAAGCCGACAAAGCGCACCAAGCCCAACUUGGAUUUGCGUCAGUCAACGCCAGCAUUGUCUAUGUGGACCUAGCAGCCACGGGCCAUGCUCGUGUGCAUGUGAAAUCUCCCUUUGGCGAACUAAGCUUCCCAGAGCUGGACGUGAUGAUGGACGAGGAAGCGCCAGGCUUGACCGAGUUCUUUGCGGAUCAGGAGAGCUUCACUUUAUCUGGAGAGGUCUCGGCUCUGAACCGAGUCCUGGCCCAGCUUCGCUUCACGCCGCCCGCGGAUUCGCCCAAUUCAGGUGCUCUCACGGUGAGCCUGCAGCGGACGCCCUCCUCCGUGGACUGGGAGUCCGAAAGCUCUGCGGGCACCUUUCAGACGGAAGAGGUGUUGGCUCAGAAGGAGAGCGCGGCGCGCGGCGAAGUGGACUUCGCUGUAGCCAUUGAGCCCUUGGCCAAGUCCAAGUUCACCUGUUUCAUCGGCGGCCCUGCCGUGACCUUCGUGAACCCAGGUGAAGAGUCGCGAGACGGUGGAGUUACAGUCUACCCGGAGGCCUCUGCAUCGGUGGAGGUCACUAAGGCGGUGGCUGAGGAGCUGCAUGAGUUCCGGGUCUCCGUGAAGCAUGGCACUUUAGGGCUGGAUGUGAACAAGUUCCCCGCAGCGCGGAUUUGUCCGCCCUUCUAUCCCGAUGUGGGUGGAUGUGCGCAAGACGAAGUGGACGCAUGGGUGAUCUAUGGGCGGAUUGCCGAUGCAGCCUUAGCACUGGAGUCCCUGGUAUAUACACCACCCAUUGGAUAUGCUGGGCAAGAUCUGAUGCGAAUUACUGGAAGCUGCUCUGAAGUGAGUCUAGAGGUGAAGAUGAAUAUCAUCAAAGGCUUCCUGCCACCAGUGGUCCGCUGUUGUGAGCACGAGGUAAUGGAGGUGCAUCGGGCUCUGGAGCCAGCACCUGUGCCGCCCGCGAUCUUGGAGAGCAAUGCCUAUGGGGAGAUCCCUGCAGUGGCGCAGGUGAGAUUCACCACUGAUCUUGGGCAACUGGCCUUUUGGCCGGUGCAAGGCCUCUACUUUGACCAUGGCUUUGACGUGGCCCCCAUCCACAACGUCUCCUCGCAGAUUGUGGCGGAUGGCCCUGGUGCCAUCGUCCAGCACGGCUUAGGCUCUAAGUUGGCCUUGCUCCACAUCCCAGAGACGGAGCCACGUGUGGAGGGAACGCUGGUGGUAGAGGUUCUUGAUGCCCGAUCUGGACUUUCCUCUUCCUGCACCUGUCCCAUCAAAGUGUCGGCUUAUCGGAGAGAAGGCCUUCCGCUCAUUUCCAUCGACAUGCCCACACCCAACACGACUUUCCUGUUGUGUCUUGCACUGCAGAAGACUUUUGCCAGAGUGUUUUGGAGUGUCUCGGGACAACCCAGCUUUGCUGCCUAA